CUCCUUUCACCGCCACCAUGUCCUUCGCUAAUCUUGUUCCAGAGACAGGCGGAUGCUUGGGGCGGGCUAUAACUGCCACACGACCAGGACGUCGUGUCCUGACCGGUGUUCUCGGUCUUGACCUUGGGCUUCUCGUCGCUUGUGAUGAAUUGCACAGCCUCAACGGCCGAACCGCAUUCUCUAAUUGCCAACCAACCGUAGUUGAGAAAUCCAGUGGCCAUUCCUAGAAGAAAUAACAUGACCGAACGCCUGGGAAUAGGUUAUCGUUGGCAGCACACCUGCUCUCUUGCUGCAUGGUUUCAUCGAAAAGAUUCAACCAUCCUUCGGUAGCGAAAAACGUCAAGUCCCGCGCGUCACCCGGAGCUCAAGAGACUUGGAACCAGAGCAUGAAAGUAUUCGCACAAUGACCUUCGUUCCAGGAAUCUGGCCCGGAUGUCGAGUAAUGCAAGUUUCUGGUAUCGUAUCAUCGAUAUUUCACGCGAAGUGCGCUACACACAAGGGCGCAUUGCAGGCGCAACCUGACGGUAAGUCGAUAAUCGACAAACGGAGAGAAAGAGUACAUCGGGGCCAGCCCGCAAAUUUCAAAAUCGGUCAGUCCAGAUUGCAUGAAUGAUUGCGAAGCUCGAGAUCCGUCAAGCCACAGAUAACGCAAACGGGAGUCGGCAUAGACCACCUGUGCAGCACGCGAGGCUCUCAGGACAAUCCUGCGCUAACAAGCUCGCGAGGCGCGAGCAUGACCACAGAGUCAGUGGAGACCAGAGGGCACCUUCGUCGCCCUGAUACUUCGCGCCUGAGCUGGGCCGGUUCGACGCGGAUUCGAGGCUCCCUUUCCAUCCGACCCGUCGCUCGUACCGUUUCUGAUCGGCUGGAUUGGCAGCAAAGCAAGGCGAGCGCAUAUUUUCGAGCUUACGUUUCACGAGCCCAUAAUCAGAUUUGAACGGGGUUGACGAACAAUCAGGAGACGUCCACAAGCACUCGUGAGAGAACAUAGGGUCGUCGACUUGGAGUAGAGUAGGAUAUGGCCAUUCUACUGGCGUUUUUCUCGAUGAAUCCUGCUUGUAGAGCCGCAGAGCACCGACUCGAAGCUACGAGAAUACAUCGCUAUCCAACUUGCGACGUCCGGGUGAAUGAUCAGCGGUAGUUCGGAUGGCAACACCGAGCAGCUACGCACUCAGCCGCAUCCAGACUUUGCUAAUCUAUGCAGCGCUGAGUCUGGACCAGCAGGCCGUUCGAUGCCCGAGCGACUGACCGCCCAUGCCCGACGGAUAGGUCCCAAGCGGCUGGUCAAGUAUGCUUGUAGAGGCCGAGCCGGUGAUGUCGCGACACGGGUGAACGAUGACAAACUUGGAUCUUCCCCCAAGUCCUUCUCAAAGCAUGGAUGCGCUCGGCGUGAGGACUGGAAGGCGUUCUCUGGAACGUGUUGUCGGGAUCGCGGACUCGCUGAGGCCGGGAUGUCGGGCUGCGGGGUCACCCUUUACUUCGCGUUGAAUGACGGAAGCGAAGCGAUUUUGGCGUUAGCGUGGACCGCUGCGGCAGUGACCUCAUCAUGAUCCCAACAUCGAGUCGUUCUCAUGACAAUCCGCAAGAGUCGCAGACGUUGACUCCUGGGAGAGGACUGCCAGAGCUCCGCUGGGUGCGUCACUCGCCGACGAUACAGGGGAAUCAGCUAUUUGCCAUUUCAAGCUCAAGAACGAUUCAUGUUAUGGAAAUGAAGCCUAACGAAACAGACAAUUGACAGUGCGAAUCCGGGCCAUACCCGUUCGUAAUUGAUCUGAUGGGUCCCGGCGGGCGGCAUCUUCCUUACGUUGUCUUACGACGCGCAAUUAGCACAAUCCCCAACGAACAACUCGGACUCUGUGUCCGCCAGUCAAUGGCUGCAUGGUCCGCAGCAUCGACCGAGGGUAGUUUCAUUGUUGCCGGGCUGGAGGAGAUCGCGAUUUGGAUAUAAAAUGAGGCAUCUGCGCUAUCGACAACAUAUCUCUCUCCUCUCAUCCUGCUCGAGAUGCCUGCAAUCACCACUUUCCUUCGUCUUUCUGCUCUCGUCGGUGCAGCACUCGCGCUACCGAGCGACGUGAAGCGCACGACGUGCACGGUCAACAGCGUGGCGAGCUCGACCAACCUGAGCGGGUGCUCGGACGUCGUCAUCCAGGGCUUCACGGUGCCUGCGGGUAACACGAUCACGAUCGCUGCUGCACAGGGCGCGACGGUGACCUUGGCCGGCGAUGUCGUCUUCGCGAAGACGACGACCGCUGGUCCUCUCUUGACCUUCAACACCCCCGCGAUGAACUUCAACGGAGGAAACCACACGAUCGACGGCAACGGUGCGUCGUACUGGGAUGGCCAAGGAACGAACGGCGGGACCUUCAAGCCGCACCCCUUCAUCAAAUUCAAGGGCUACGGCACGUUCGAGCAGUUCACCGUUCUCAACUCGCCGGCCCAAGCGAUUUCUGUCGGGACCAGUGGCGGCCAAACCAACAUCUCCCAAGUCAUCGUCGACAACUCUCUGGGUGACUCCAAGGGCGGCCACAACACCGACGGAUUCGACGUGAGCGCCAACGACGUCACGAUCUCGUCCUCGACGGUCAAGAACCAGGACGACUGCCUCGCGCUCAACGCGGGGAGCAACAUCGUCUUCGAGGACAACACCUGCGCGAACGGCCACGGCAUCUCGAUCGGCUCGAUCGCGACGGGAAAGAGUGUGACGAACUUCCAGGCGCUGCGCAACACGGUGACGAACAGCUUGUACGGGAUCCGCAUCAAGGUCCAGGCCUCCGCGACCAAUGCCAACGUUUCCAACGUCCUCUACGACGGCAACACUUUGACUGGGAUCACAUCGUACGGAGUCUUGAUCACGCAGAGCUACCCCGCCAACAACGGCACGCCGGGUACCGGUGGACCGAUCUCCGACGUCCGCUUCACCGGCUCGCCGACGACGGUGUCUGGAACCAGCAACGCAUACGGGCUGGUCGUCGACUGCGGUGCCUGCACCGGCACCUGGGACUUUUCCGGCCUCCAGAUCCUCUCUGCGGGCAAGGGCCACACCCUCGCUCUCGACCGAGCAACGCUCUCGGGUGGCAGCUACUAAGUGCCCUGUUCUCGUCUGAGGCCCGUUCGAACGCACAGCACAUGGCUGACCGCUCCUUACAUUCAUUACAUCCUCGCCUUAUAAUGUUUUAAAUAUCUCUACAUAGUCGGCCUCUCGGUUUCUAUCAGACUCUAAUCAUUACUGUGAUCCACGUAAAGCCAGCUCGGCUAUCCUGCG